AUGAAGAAUCGCGAUAACCCCGAGCUCCCAAUACUUCUUGUAAAACUACGUCCGUGUACGUCGUCAUUUUCUGCCGUAUCUGAAAGUUCGGAAGCUUCUCCGAGGCCGCAAGGGGCGAAUCCACUGUGCAAGAACAUCUCGACUGCCAUAUCAGGGUUCAGAGACGCAAUUCUACAUGUCCAGCAAUGGCUUGGUGCUCCACUUUACUUUUUGAACGGCCGGUGGUACCACGCCUGGCAAGCAGUAGUAAAGCAGUCUACUGCCCUACUCAUACUCGGCUUCAACCAAGUGUGUGCACCUACAACAGUUCGCAUCGGCGGUGACGCUAGCGUUGCCGGGCAGAUACGUGGUGGAAAGAGACUCCAACUUGAUUUUCCCGAUCGCAUGGUCUUGAUUGCAAACCAUCAGAUCUACACUGAUUGGAUAUUCUUUUGGUGGAUUGCUUAUACAGCCGGAAAACAUGGCCAUUUCUUCGUCGUUCUCAAAGACGCUUUGCAAAGGAUUCCGCUUCUGGGAUGGGGAAUGAAGUUCUUCUCUUGGAUUUUCCUAUCUCGAAAUUGGGAGGCGGACAGAGUGAUAUUCGAAGGGGGUAUAGAACGCCUGGCGGACAUCAGAACACGCGAUUCAAUGUGGCUGCUUCUCUUUCCCGAGGGCACCAACAUGUCGAGGAACGCCCGUGCUGCCAGUCAGAGAUGGUCGAGCAAGAGCGGUACUGCCGACCUUAAGCAUGUUCUGUUGCCGAGAAGUCGUGGUCUACAGUGCUGCCUACAAGGAUUGUCCUCUACAGUGGACUGGGUGUACGACUGCACUAUUGCAUAUGAUGGCAUUCGAGUAAGAGAAUAUGGCCAAGAAGUACAUAGCAUGAAAAAAUUGUUCAUCGAAGGUCGCAAGUCACCUCGAGUUCAUAUGCACUGGCGUCGCUUUGUCAUGAAGGACAUUCCGUAUGACGAUCCGAAAGCUCUGGAGACAUGGAUCCUUGAACGAUGGAUUGAGAAGAACGAGCUCCUUGAGCACUUCCAACAAAAUGGUAUCUUUCCUACUCAUGAGGGAUACACCGUUUCCAAGGUUGAGAUUCAGAACUGGUUGGAAACCGUACAGGUUUUCGGAGGUGUUGCUGCCGUUGUGGCAGUUUGGUGGAUUGGCAAACAGUUAUAUGGUCAUGUUGAUAGCAUCGUACGUGUGCCACGGUGA